AUGGUUACUUCUGGUUUCAAAAAACUAAGUCAUCCCAAACUCAAGGCUCUAAAACAGCAGUUCACAAACCGAUGGGUGACGUCACAGUGGGUUGCUACUUGGUGUAAAGGUACUGGAUCCCAGGUAAACGGACGUGACUUCUCCAAGGUCGACCAUGACCAGGCGGUGGCGGAGGCCAUCAGGCGAGACCCCAUCGUUGUCCAGGUUCUCCGGCGAACCCCUAACACAGUUGCGGGGGCCGUCCCACACAGCGGCAUGCCACAGGACGUGUGCGUCAUCGACGUUUGCACACAGACGGACAUCACCUUCGAGCACAUCAUGGCACUGGCCAAGCUCCGGCCUGCGACCCCACCCGUCCCUGACAUCUGUCCCUUCCUUUUGUCUGACAGCUGUCAUUCCAUCCACACCAUGGAGCACGAGUUUUAUGAAUGUCCAGAGUACCUGUCUAACACGCCUGCAGAGGUGGAGAGGACGGAAGAGUAUGAAUACGAGGAGGUGGAGCUGUGUCGGCAGAACAACCAGGAGAAGCUCGGCCUGACACUCUGCUACAGGACCGACGAGGAGGAGGACACCAGCAUCUAUGUCAGCCAGGUGGAGCCAAACAGCAUAGCAGCGAGAGACGGGCGCAUCAAGGAAGGAGAUCGUAUUUUACAGAUAAAUGGCUGUGAGGUGCAAGACAGAGAGAAAGCCGUGGCCAUGUUAUCAAACGAAGAAGCAAGAAGCAUCGUGCUGCUGGUGACGAGACCAGAAAUCCAGCUGGAGGAGGAGGAGGUAUGGCUGGAUGACGAGCAGCAGGAGCUGGUGGAGGAGCUGAAGAUGGAGAUCCUGGAGGAGAGGAGGAAGCAGAAGGAGCAUAGUUUUGACAGAGGGGAUGAGCAUCAAGCUGAAGAAGAGAUGACAACAGACACAGCUACGUGUUCCUCCAAUAAUCAAGACAGCGGCUUUGGACGCAGUACAGACAGUCCGGAGCACCAACCCUUGCUUGCCAGACUACACAGGAGGAGCCCGGCCCAUUGCCUGAGGGACCGAUGGCAGGCAGAGCAUCCGCACACAAGGCAUGGGAGUGGACAGGACACCCAGAGUCAAAGGAUAAUGUCCAAACGUCAAGGCCAAGAAGGGGUACUCAGUAUUCGCAAUAGUGGAGGUGGGGUCUUAGGAUUAGAGAAUCGAUUCCAGCAACUUCUGGAGCUCAAGUGUCAAAUCCGGAAUGGAGGCGAGUGUGGGGUGUACUCUAUUCGACACAGUAUAGAGUGUAGCCUCACUGAGCAGGGAGUAGAGGAAGCAGAUGGUGGGGACAGUGAGGGAGGCGGGGGAGGUAUGGAGCAUGAGUUGAGAAUGCUGAAUGACGAACUACGAAGUAUUGAGCUGGAGUGCCAGAGCAUCAUGCAGGCGCAUCAACUCCGUCAGACACACAAUCUGGACCCCUCACAGCCGGCACCCUGCUCACCAGGAUGGAGCCCCAAAGACACGCACAAGCGGCACGGCAGGUUGGCCGACAUCCAUGAACAUCCGGAGAGGUCGGACAGCGAUAAGCUAAGGGAGAAGGACAGCUCCAGUGCCUACAACACAGCUGAGAGUGCACGGUCGACACCGCUAGGUAUGGAGAGGUCUCCUGACCACUCGCUACAGAGACACAUCAGCAUCACCAACCAGAAAAACCUCAGACUAGCCUCCUCCACACCCUCAAGCCCCAUCCCUAUCCCCAAACCCCACAGCACCCCUAGUCAUAGCAGACCGGCAGACCCAGGCCUGGUUAUCUCCAGCAGCCCAGACCAGAGCAACCCCUCCAGGUCUGAGUCCGACCCUGCCCUGCCUGCAGAUGAUGAGAGGUGUGAGAAGAAAGGGAGGACCAGAGAGUCGAGGAGAGCACUUCCCUAUGGGUGUUCAUACCAAACAACCCCCUAUCAAGGCCAAGGAGGAUCCAGGCAACUGCAGAGCUACAUGCAGCUGCUCCAACAGCACUCAUCCCUGGAGUACUCCCAGAGCCAGCUGAGCCUGCUCAGCGUCUGUAGAGAUCCUGUGCACCGGAGUGGACGCCCGGGGGAGCCCCGUCUGGAGUGGAAGGUCAAAGUCCGCGCUGACGGCACGCGCUACGUGGCCCGGAGGCCUGCCCGUGACCGCAUCCUGAGGGAGCGGGCGCUGAGGAUCCGAGAGGAGAGGAGCGGAGGCAUGACCACGGACGAUGAUGCCAUGAGCGAGAUGAAGAUGGGCCGCUAUUGGAGCAAAGAGGAGAGGAAGCAGCACUUGGCGCGGGCCAGGGAGCAGAGGAAAAGGAGGGAGUUCAUGCAAAAGAGCCGCUUGGAGUGUCUUAAAGAGGGACCGGCCAGCGGAGCCGAGGGCAGGAAAGAGAUCAAUAUCUUAGAGCUCAGUCACAAAAAGAUGAUGAAGAAACGAAACAAAAAGAUACUCGACAACUGGAUGACGAUCCAGGAGCUGAUGAGCCACGGGGCCCGAGUCCCUGAGGGCUCGAAAGUACACAACGCCUUCCUGUCUGUCACAACUGUCUAACGGACACACACAGUACUGCAUAAUAAGCACUGUACACUUAAAUAUCAGGCAGCCUGAAUUUCAGGAACUACUGAUCUGUUUUAUAAAAGUGUCAGUUUGUGAAAUUAAAUUAUUCCGUCACUGCUCACAACUUCUGUAGCAUUCCUGGAGCAACUUUUUAACUAUCACUAUAAGUAUGUUUGAACUGUGAUCGAACAUUAAGAGACAUCAGCCAUUUAAAAAACAACUUUUUACACUGGACUUUUGAUAAACUCUGGCUUCUGAUAGCACAUGAGUUUUGUAGCACGUUGGCUCGAACAAACCAGGAACCAACACAUUGACUUCAUGUAUGUACUGUGUCUUCAUACUCUCCGUUCUCCUGUUUCAUUACACAUGAAGCGACUUCACUUGCCUCGUUCAAAGUGGCAUUUUUUUUAUAAUGGGGAAGAAUACGAUAUUUUUCACACUUUGUAAAUUCAGUAGCUUUUUGUAAAGACAUUUUUUACACUGAAUGUCAAUGUACUGUAAACAAUUUAUGGCUAAUUUCUUAUUUAUGGUUGUAUCGUCAGAGUUGACACUAUUUGAUUGUACUCUAGCUUAGAGUCCUGCACGGUUCCCUUUUUGCAAACCUGCUCCGUACCAGACCCAACACGUUGUCUGAUAUUAUCAAUUUUAGUUUUUUUACCUAGUUAUUUGAGCUGAAGUGAAGGAGUCAAAGGUGGUGUCAUUGGUUAUAAAACAACCCCUUGCAACUGACUAGGUUUCAUAUAAACUGAUAUAGAUAUUAAAAAGUACACAAUCAUUUAAAUUUCCAUGUUCCUGACCCGGUGCAAGACUCUACUGUAUCUCCCUUUUUCUGCAGUCCAUGACAGAGAGAAAUGGAACUUCUCUCAUCUUAAAACAAUCCUUGUUGUGUUGAUAAUAUCCCUCGGGUCUUUUUUUGGAGCACUCAAUUUAAAGCACUGAAAAUAUCAAUAUAUCAUCUUAAACAGAUUUACCUCAAAUUACACUCAAAACUUUGAGCAUCCGAGUCUUUCAUGUUAGAAGCCUUUGAGUCAACCG